AUGGAAAAUCAAGCAGAUAUGCAAGUAGUAACUCAACAACAACAGCAACAGGAUGAAGCUACAAAUCCAACAGCAGAUGGAAAUGCGACUGCAGAGGAUGAAUUAGAAGCAUAUUGGAAACCUGUUAGACAAAAUUCAAGCGACUUCGAUUCUUGGACGUACUUACUACAAUAUGUCGAGAAGAAGGAGGACUUUAGCUACAUUUCUGGGGCUUAUAACGAAUUCUUUAAGCAUUAUCCCUACUGCUACGGAUAUUGGAAAAAAUAUGCCGAAUUAGCCAUUAAAUACACUGAUUCCAAUCAAGUUUUACAGAUCUAUGAAGCUGGCGUAAAUGCUAUCCCUUUGAGCAUAGAUUUAUGGGAAAGCUAUCUAUCAUUUUUCUCAAAAUCUGUUGAAGAAAGUGGUGAAAAUAGAAUAGAUGAAAUUCGGGGUUUAUACCAGCGGGCCAUUGCAACGGCAGGAUUGGAGUUUAUUUCGGAUGUUUUAUGGAAUUCUUAUAUUGCUUGGGAAAAAGGAUCUGGAUUACUGAAAAAUGUUAUCCCUAUAUUCGAUCAAAUACUUAAAAUCCCUACUCGACAAUAUGGCAGUUAUAUUUUAAGUUUAACUGAUUUUAUCAACAACAACACGCCUGAAGAUAUCUUGUCAGAAGAAGAUCUUGCAAGUAUCCAAUCUGAGAUUGCCUCAUCCGGUGAUGCAGAGCAGCCAAUUACUACAGAAUCAGUACGGGCUUGGCUGAUAAAACCUAGACAAGCUCUGUACAGCGCAAAUGAAGAGGAAGUUAAGAAGCGUUGGGGAUUCGAGGAUAAGAUUAAAAGGCCUUAUUUCCAUGUUAAACCUUUGGAGCAAGAUCAACUUAAAAACUGGAGGGAGUACUUAGACUUUGAAAUUGAGCAAGGAGAUCAGAAUCGUAUUCGUGUAUUAUUCGAACGUUGUUUGAUCGCUUGUGCUUUAUAUGAAGAAUUCUGGCUUAAGUAUGCGAAAUAUAUGGAAGAUUGUAAUCCUAAAAGUUCAUUAGCUGUUUUUGAGAAAGCAUGCACGGUCCAUUUGCCUCGAAAACAUAGUAUUCAUAUCGCUUGGGCUACUGCUGAAGAGAAAUUUGGCAAUUUUGAUCGAGCAGAUGAUAUCUUGAAGACUUUAUUAGACCGUGUGCCUGAUUUAGCUGUAGUUACUAUGCAUCGUAUAAAUUUAGCUCGCCGUCGUGGAAACGCUGAUAAUAUCAAUGGUUUAUAUUCAGAUGCGAUUUCUAAUUCAAAAUCAUCUCUUACGAGAUCUCUUUAUAUUUCCCAGCUUUCUAAGUAUCAUCUCCAGGAAUCGGAAGCUUUGUAUUGGCAAUUACUCGAUCUAGAAUUAUCACAACCAGGAUGUGUUGAUAAAACUCGCAUUGAAGCUGUAUUUUCUAUAAUAUUUGCUAACGAUGCUUUACCAUCAACUUGUAAGGAAGAAUUUUCUCGCAUGAGAUUAAACUUUUUGGAAGAUUUCGAAACAGAUAUUGGAAGAAUAAAAGAAGCAUAUGAAAGUCAUGAAACAACGUACAACGUUGACUUACCGAAGUAUACGAAUUCACGAAAACGACCUUUAGAAGAUGGGCAAUCAGAUACUCAAGCCAAGCAACUAAAAUCCGAUAGUGCAGCAGAUCCAAACGCUAUUGCAUCUGCUCCGACGACUCCAAAUCCGAUGGGAGUGCCGGAUCCAUCAAUGUAUUACCAACAACAGCAACAAUGGGCUGCUUACGGACAAGGGGGUUACGCGUACCCGCAACCAAAUGCUUGGGGUGGUUAUCAAGCCUUUCCUACGCAGUAA